AUGCCAGCGCUCAUCCUACCGUCUCCGGUCUUCACCUUCCCCACGAAAUCCCCCCUCGCAGUCCGGAAGGGAGCCUCCGGCGACGCUUUGCCAGUCCCCUCCGUCUUCAUGAGCUUCGCGUCGGGAUCCUCUCCCGUUCCUGCUGCGGCCAGUCCGGCGGCGGCGGGAAGGACGGUCCCUAGGCUGAACAGCGGCGAGAUCGCCGCCGCGGCGGAGGAGGCGUUCGGAAGGUACUCCGCCUCCGAUGCGAGGAGGAAUGGCGCGGGAGUGGCGAUCGUCUGGUUCAGGAACGAUCUGAGGCUGCUGGACAAUGAGGUGCUGUGGCGGGCGUGGGCGGCGUCCAACGCCCUCUUGCCGGUGUACUGCGUGGAUCCCCGCCUGUUUGGGAAGACCCAUUACUUUGGGUUUCCCAAGACUGGAGGUGAAGGGAUGAGUUAACGGAGUAGGAGUAGUGGCAGCAUUGUUUGUUUUUUUCAUGUUUUCAAUCGAUGCAGACAAUUUUGAACUGAUUGGUUUUCUUCGCGCCAUUGACAGCCCUGAGAGCGCAGUUCCUGCUCGAAUGCUUGACUGAUCUGAGAGAAAACCUAGUGAAGCGCGGUCUCAACUUACUCAUACAGCAUGGGAAGCCUGAAGAUAUUCUCCCCAAGAUUGCGAAAGCUUUUGGUGCCCACACAGUUAUGAAUUGUGGAAUUUCCAUUCCCAAUGCUAUAAUUAUUUUAUUUUUCUUGGUAGUGUCAGCAGGGGGGUUUUCCUGCACAAUCGCGAUGCCAUCGUCCGUUCAUUCUUUCUUUCUUCGGCGAAGUUACCUUCUUCACACAUCUUGAUUAACAGAUAUUGAUGGUUUCCUCUUUCAAUAUUCCUUUUCUCGCGUGGUCAUUGAUCUUACUGCCCUAAUUCACACGAUGAUGUAGGUAUUUGCUCACAAGGAAACGUGUAGUGAGGAGCUCUUCGUUGAACGACGGCUUCGAGACCGUCUUCAGCAAGUGACGGUAACCCCGAGUGGAUCCUCUUCUAAACCUAUAAAGCCCAAGCUACAGCUCAUCUGGGGGAGUACCAUGUACCACAUUGAUGAUCUUCCGUUCAAUACGGGAAGCUUGCCAGAUGUUUACACGCAAUUCCGCAAGGUAAAUUCUAGAAUAAUUUUCAUAGGGCGAAGUCGAAAUAUGAUACUUGUUCAACUGAAAAUUCAGUAGCUGUAUGAAAUAUGAUACAGUCGGUAGAGUACAAGUGCAAAGUCAGAAGCUGCUGCAAGUUACCCACGUCUCUCGGUCCAUUUCCUGGCUCUGGCGUGGAGGAAAUUGGUGGCUGGGGGAGCAUUCCUUCACUUGGGCAACUUGGGCUCGAGGAGACAAGCCUAAAGGUGGGUUGAGCAUCCAAUCGGGGGAGGUAUCAUCCCAAUCGAUUCAUUGUUUACAUGAAGGUGCAGGCGAAGUUUUCUUUCAGCAAUAAUUCUUUGAAAGAAUGAGCUUCAUGUUUUCAUUAAGUGCCUGUUCAAUAAAGUCGUUGUCGUCCCAUCAUAGAUAACCUUGCUAUAAACCACAUCAUAGAUCACUCUAGAAUGGAAGGAAGCUACUAAACGUCCACGUACCUCACACACAAAGUCUUUCAUCCUCAUUGAGCAGGAUACUUACAAUUUAGUUCUUCGUGUUGUUUGUGGGAGCAACUGCAGAUGCUAUCUAGGCAUAGACAUGAGAAUACGAAGCAGAAGGGAAGAUCGUGGGGAGUUGUGCUGAUUGGCAGGGAAAAUACAUGGAGGUCGUGGUGAUCGAAAGGGGAGGGUUGGUGUGGGAGGGACGGAGGGUGGAGGACGGAGAGGACACGGUGGGGUAUGGGCACAUGCCUUGCUUCUGCCCCCGAUACCCGAUGCCAAUUCCCUUGGUUGGCCAUCAUUUGCUCCCCCUUCUUACCCUAUUCAUCCAACAUCUCGUUUACUCCGAACCACUGCUCCUAGUUUGCUCCAUAUUUUCUGAGAAGGGUAUGCUAGCUACAGAUGGAAGCAAGUGUUGAUCUUCUUGGAGUGGAGUAAGAAGAGUCAACGUCUACCCGGUGGGCAAGCAAGAUACUGAAGAGCGCCAAGAAGAUGACUCGAUUGGAAUGGCUCCUCUGCACAAGUUUCAUUGCUCUUCGUACUUCUCUUGCCAGCUCUUGUGUUGCACAGAUAUAGUUAUGUAUUCUAUAUCUCCUUGCUCAGUGUUGACACUGCUUAACUGGACGUGGAAGAAUUUCUGUGGAUUGUGUGGUAGUGCAUAACCUUGCUGGGUAAGACACGGACAAUAUGACAUGGGUGCUAACACAAACGACUAACACACUGAUGAUUUUUGUUGCAUGUACAGCAUUUUUUAAUGUACCCUGUUCUUCAGAAGGCAUGUGGAAAAGGACGGUUAAUUUUUUAGCAAAAGCAAUCCGAAAUCCCUAUUUUAUCAGUCCCUCCACUCUCCAACUUGUUGGGCUGCCCUUUUAGCUGAUGCACAUGCACGUUCUGGUAGAUGGGUAAUUAUUUCUUGAUGUUGCUAUUUUACCUCUGGACAUCAAAUCAUGUUAUAUUUUGGGUGUUAUUUUUGCUAAAUCUAUCUUCCUUAAUUGGUACUUGAUCAAGAUAUGCUCAAUUUGUAUAUUUAGGAUAAAAUAAAAGAUACCUGCUUCUGGUCGAUCUAGUUGUAUUGAUUACCCUUGGAAAUCUGAUGCUCGUUCCCAAAGAAGCAGUGCACUUUUGUUCCAUGUUUGAUUAAACUGGAUCCCAUGUUCCUAAAAGUGCAGGUUGACAAAGGAAUGCAGUUUGCUGGGGGCGAAAGUGCAGCUCUGGGUAGAGUUCAGGAAUAUUUCUGGACAAAGGCAAGAGUUCUAGAAAAGAACUUUCAAAUUUCUUGGUAUAUAUUUAUUUCAUUUUCUGUCUUCUUGGGGGGGGUUAUAAGAUCCUGACCGACGUUUCAUCACCACAAUUUGAUUGUGUUGAAAAGGACUUGAUAAGGAUUUAUAAGGAGACAAGGAAUGGCAUGCUGGGACCAGAUUACUCCACUAAGUUCUCCCCAUGGCUUGCUUUCGGAUGCCUUUCUCCACGUUAUGUUUAUGAAGAGGUUAGAUGACGGUCAAUUGGUCCUUGUUGAAGCUUGUGCAAAAGCUAUGGCUCAUUUCUGAUUGCCCUUUUACUUGAUCUACUCAGGUGAAGAGAUACGAGAGAGAGAGACUCGCCAAUGACUCGACAUACUGGUAUUCCCUGUACUUUUAGGACAUCGUUAGAAUCAUUUUAGUUGUUGCAGUGACUGCCAUGCUUGGCUGGUAUACCCUCCGCUGAGAGUUCAGAGGAUCGAUGCCUAUUGAUUUGCUGAGGAAGCCAGGCCUCUCUGGGUUUUAUGAUACUACGUUGUCCUGGUCUCAGGGUAUUAUUUGAGUUGAUAUGGAGGGACUAUUUCAGAUUUCUCUCUAAGAAAUAUGGUAACUCUAUCUUCCAUCCAGGUAAGUGUAGACAUCGUCUGCAUUCCUUCUUCUCCAUCUGUGUCUUUCGUUCUCCAGUAUUUUCACUGAUAGACAUGUUUGCCAUGUUCAUUUGGUUGUUUCGCUUCACGGUGAUGGCUAUAUGAACUAUAGGCUAUGCCUUGUAAUCUACAGUAAGUUAAUAAUUUACAGGGGGUCCAAGAAACGUGGCAUAUAAUUGGAGUCAAGAUCAGAUAUUGUUCGAGUCCUGGAGAGAUGGUCGUACAGGGUAUGUCGGUCUGUUCAUUGGACACUCUGGAUCGUAACCAAUCAUUUCCACCGAGUUCUAAUUGUCGGCAACCCUGUAUUUUAAAUCUAUGGCGUCGGAUCUGAAAUUCCACAGGUACCCACUCAUUGAUGCAAACAUGAAAGAGUUGUCCGCCACAGGUUUCAUGUCGAACCGAGGACGCCAGGUGAAUCCUGACUCUAUCAUCAUACACUCGUUAUUCAUCAUAUUCAAUUAAGAUAUAAACUUGGCAGAGAGCGCGUACAUCCUCUACCUUCGUUUAUGGAUUUAAUAGGAAAAUUCGUUUAUUGCAGAUUGUUUGCUCAUUUCUUGUUCGAGAUAUGGGGAUCGAUUGGAGAAUGGGUGCUGAAUGGUUUGAGACCUGCUUGUUGGACUAUGAUCCGUGCUCUAACUAUGGGAACUGGACCUAUGGGGCAGGUUUAGUCUCAGCUGGCUGAUCCAACUGGCUUGAUUCGAUGGAAUAUGACAUCCUCUAAAAUACUCAUUCCGGCUAAUAUCUUUGCAUGCGACAGGUGUAGGGAACGACCCAAGAGAGGAUCGAUACUUCAGCAUCCCGAAGCAGGUGAGUCCACCAAACCAUUCUCUGAGAAAUUUAUGGGGAAGUCCUCUCCGGGAUUUGACUGUUAUAGGGACACAACGGGCGACUAUUCAAAUUUCGAUCUUUGGAACUAAAUGGUUGUGUAACACUGCCGAUUAUGGGCCUCAACAUGCUGGACCGUGCUCAGGACUUCCCACAAGUCAACCCUGGGAAAUGAGCUCUGGGCUCCAGCCAUAUGAAGCCCAGGCCGCCCGGAUUGGCCUCCUUAUGUUUCUCAGGGAGAGAGGAAGAGAGAGAGAGAGAGAGAGAGAGAGAGAGAGAGAGAGAGAGAGAGAGAGAGAGAGAGAGAGUCUGAGAAAUAUUACGCUUACCAGGAGUUAUUUUGUGGUGAUCUCUAUUGAACUCCCUCUAAUCAGGCACUGACGUAUGAUCCCGAUGGAGACUACGUCGCUCACUGGUUGCCAGAGAUUCAAGGGCUUCCCAAAGGAAAGAGACACUCCCCUGGAAUGUCAUACAUCAAGCCAAUCGUCCCUCUGAAGUUUGGUUCUUACAAUCCAAAGCAGGGUCAACCCAGCACCUUGAAAGGCAAGCAGAAGAAGACCUACCGCAGUUGA